GACCAGCGCAGGUAGGCGGAAAUUGCCGAGGCAGGCGGCGAGUGCCUAGGCGGUUCGCGGGAAGGCCUGGCCGCCAUGGCGGCCCGGGGUUCCGCGAGUCGCUUCUGGUGCUCGUGCCCCGAGGUGCCUUCUGCCACAUUCUUCACCGCCCUGCUCUCGCUGCUGGUGUCGGGACCCCGCCUGUUCCUACUGCAGUCGCCUCUGGCGCCUUCGGGGCUGUCGCUGCGCUCCGAGGCCCUGCGCAACUGGCAAGUUUACAGGCUGGUGACCUACAUCUUCGUCUAUGAGAAUCCAGUCUCCCUGCUCUGCGGCGCCAUCGCCAUCUGGCGCUUUGCUGGCAACUUUGAGAGGACCGUGGGCACUGUCCGCCAUUGCUUCUUCACCGCGAUCUUCACCAUCUUCUCUGCCAUCAUCUACCUGUCAUUCGAGUCCGUGUCAUCGCUGUCCAAGCUGGGUGAGGUGGAGGAUGCCAGAGGGUUUACCCCUGUGGCUUUUGCCAUGCUGGGAGUCACCUCUGUCCGCUCUCGGAUGAGGCGGGCCCUGGUGUUUGGUGUGGUGGUGCCUUCAGUCCUCGUGCCGUGGCUUCUGCUGUGUGCCUCCUGGCUCAUUCCUCAGACCUCCUUCCUGAGUAACGUCUCCGGCCUUUUGAUCGGCCUAUCAUAUGGCCUCACCUACUGUUACUCCCUCGACCUCUCUGAGCGAGUAGCCCUGAAGCUUGACCAGAAGUUCCCCUUCAGCGCCAUGAGGAGGGUUCCCCUGUUCAAGUACGUCUCAGGUUCUUCUGCCGAAAGAAGAGCAGCACAGAGCCGGAAACUGAACCCUGCACCCGGCUCCUAUCCCACACAGAGUUGCUACCCUCAUCUAACCCCAAGUCACCCUGUCACCCAGAUACAGCAUGCUAAUGGCCAGAAACUGGCCUCCUGGCCUCCCGGACACAUGCCCAGCCUGCCUCCAUACCAGCCUGCUUCUGGCCUGUGUUAUGUGCAGAACCAUUUUGGUCCUAACCCCAAUGCCUCCAGUGUGUACCCAGCUUCUGCAGGGACCUCCCAGGGAGUGAAGCCUCCCUCCCCCAUCAGCUGUCCUGGCACUGUGUAUUCUGGGGCCCUGGGCACCCAAGGGGCUCCAGGCUCUAAGGAAUCUUCCAAGGUUGCCAUGCCCUAGCCAGUCUGCAGAAAAGGCUCCUCUACGUGUUGGGCAGAGAAAGGUCCUACCCAAGUGAGGAAUUUAAGAAUUAUUUAUUGAAGCCAAAGCAUGCUGGCCUGUCAUCCCAGCUGCUUGGGAGGUUGAGGCCUAUAAAUGCAAAGGUCAAGGUCUGGGCUCCAGAGCAAUUUCGAGGUCAGCCUAGGCUAUGUAUGUAUCACAAGACUCUAUAUUAAAAUUAAUAAAAAAUAGCUGGGCCUGGGGCAUAGUCCUCAAUUCCACAAAAAAAAAAAGAAUUAUUUAUUAAAUACUUCUAUGUGCCAGCUCUGUUGAGUACUUUGAUAAAUGUCCCUAUAUAGCUGUGUCGUUUCCCCUCAAGGCAGCUCUAGAAAGUAAAGUUUACUGCCCCAGCUUUCAGACACAGGAAAUAAAAGUGGGUGUGGCUAGCCAUGCCUGUAAUCCUCUGUGAUCAAGACAAGGAUCAGACGUUGAAGGUCAUCCCCAGCUACACAGUGGGUCUGAACCCAGCCACUGGCUACAUGAGAAGUAAGACAUCCUGGGGUCCCAUGGAAUCUUGAGGCUCUACAGCCACUGCUAGAAAGUGUGGUUGUCAUCGGCUGCCAGGGACUCUUGCCAGUCCUACCAUCUCAUCCUGCUCAGUGUCUGUGUGGCAUCCUCUUCCCCCUCCAGCCCUCCCUGUCCUGACUUCUGCCAGACGGUGAUGACCUGCAGCUUCAUGCUGGUGGUCCACCCUGUGAGUUAACUACCUUUGUAUAAAAACCAGCCUCCAGCCUGCCAA